AUGGCCCGGCAUCGGAAUGUCCGUGGCUAUAACUACCAUGAAGAUUUUGAAGAUGAUCUCUAUGGCCAGUCUGUAGAGGAUGAUUAUUGUAUUUCUCCAUCAACAGCUCAACUUUAUUCAUGCCUUGAUCACAUGAGAGAGGUACUUGGUGAUGCUGUGCCAGAUCAAAUACUGAUUGAAGCAGUUCUGAAGAACAAGUUUGAUGUGCAGAAGGCUUUGUCCAUGGUUCUGAAACAAGAUAAUGUGCAGAAUUUGAAGGACAAGAGUGAGGAAACAGUAUCUACAAGAAGGAUAGAAAAGGGAGUCUUAUUUUCUUCCUCUGACAUUUCAGCCGAUAAGAUUCAAAGUUCUUAUCCUCAAUCAGCAAAUCAUUUGGAUUGCAACAGGAAACCCUUUGAUUUUUCUAGCUCAGUAGCAAAAUAUGGAUGUCAUAAUUCAUCAGUUCCGAGUCACUAUUUACAUCAUAGAAAAAAGAAACGUAACAGACCUAAAAGUGAAAAGAAACUAGAAUCACGUAAGUUAACAAAAGACUUUUCACUAGCUGACUUAAUUCAUGAUAUACCAAGAGAUUCUUGUAAAAGUCAGAGAUCAGUCAGAUUAUCACCCACAGAUAGUCUGGGAACUCUACUUUCAAAGGACCUAGAUGCUGAUUUGUUAAGACCUCAUGCAUCUGAAUGUGUUUCCAAAGAUGAUUCUGCAUUCAAAGAAAUACCAGAUUUAAAGUCCUUAAUGAUAAAGAGCACAAGACCGAAUAAUUCUUUAUUUGUUCAAAAUAAUUCACUAUCUGAUUUCCAAAGCAUUCCAGUACAAAACAGCUUAGGAAGUUCAAAUAAUUCUUUGCACUUAACUAGCUCAUUGGAAAAUACAACUCUUGAUAAUUUAAAUGCUAGUAAAAAGACUGAAAUUGGAAGUGUUUCUUUAGGUGAACAAAAUGCCAAGAAUUACAUUUUAAAUAAUGACAACUUGCAGUUUUUUCAUCGUGAAAACCCAUCCCUAGCUGAACUGUUUCAGGACCACAAAGAAAACAAUCUAAGCCAAUGCUUCACUUUAUCUGAUCUUUGUAACCAGUCAUCUGCCAGUUUUACAGAUUUAAGUUUGGGAUCCUUUCCCCUGUCACACCUGGCAAAUUGGUCUCAGUCUUCAGAUGGAGUAUCAGAAUUAACAGGAUCUCUGUCAUCUUUGGCAUUUCAUAAAGCUUCUCCCACAAGAGACCUUGAGAAUGUGUCACUUUCUGAUUUGAUUGCAGAAACAAUUGCUGUAGACAACGCUCCGAUUAGGAAAGAUUCCUUUGAGCUCAGUUUAUCUGAAAUGAAGUCUUCUGGAAUAGAUUCAGAUAUUGAUCUUAGUGUCCUUAUAAAAACCACAGAUUUUGCCCCAAAGCCUUUAGUAAACCAAUCAGUUGCUCCACCAUCAGGAACUAAAGUUUCAGGUUCAAAGUUAGGGAAAAAAUUCAAUUUUCCUAAGGAUAAUAAGAAAAACAAUAAAGGCCCUUUGACUAGGAAACCACCUUUUUCUCUCUCUUGGACCAAGACCCUUGCUGCUAGACCUUCAGCUUUUGCUUCAACUUUGUGUCUUCGUUACCCACCGAAAAGCUGCAAGCGACGCACCUUUGACCUGUAUAAGACUUUCCUUUAUAGUAGACAAGUUCAAGACAUAAAGGACAAAGAAAUAAGUCCUCUUGCAGCAAUAACACCAUUUGACUUCAAAUCACCAUCUCCUGAUGACAUUGUAAAAGCUAACCAAAAGAAAACAUUUAUUAAAGAAUACUAA